UCGUGCCCUGGAGCCUCAAACCGCACAGACAUCUUAGCAAUGUUUGCAGGCCUCAAAACAUGGGGUGGCUCUUUCAGGAAUGUAGCUGGCAGCCAGUGCUGAGCAGAAGCCAGAGGAGCACAGAGCGAGGCGGCAUUCCUGUCCUGAGUCUUCACAGACUGCUCCCAACUCCAGAGACCAAAGUCAAACUCUCAGACAGACACGACCAGCCUGACAGGGGAAGCCAGAUCCACCAUUUGCAUUUAAAAGAGCAGCUUCAGUCCACCCGUCUUUCCGAACCCCAACGAUGGAGACCCCAGCCCAGAAACGCAGCAGCCGUGGAGGGGCAGCGAGCGCCGCGGCCUCCCCCAACCGCAUCACGCGCCUCCAGGAGAAGGAGGACCUGUGCAACCUCAACGACCGCCUGGCCACCUACAUCGACAAGGUGCGCUCGCUGGAGUCCGAGAACGCCGGCCUGCGCAUGCGCAUCACCGAGUCGGAGUCGGAGGUCAGCCGCGAGCUGGGCGGCAUGAAGGCCGCCUACGAGAACGAGCUGGCUGACGCCCGCAAGACGCUGGAUUCUGUGGCAAAGGAGCGCGCACGGCUGCAGCUGGAGCUCAGCAAAGUGAGGGAGGAGUACAAGGACCUCAAGGCCAGGAAUGGGAAGAAGGAGUCCGACCUGGAGGCCGCUCUGGCUCGCCUCAAGGACCUGGAGGCUCUUCUCAAUUCCAAGGAUGCCUCAUUGUCCACCGCCCUGAGUGAGAAGCGCACUUUGGAAGUGGAGGUCCGUGAACUGAAGGCCCAGCUGGCUAAGCUGGACGGCAGCCUUAACGACGCCAAGAAGCAGCUGCAGGACGAGAUGCUUCGCCGGGUGGAUGCUGAGAACCGCAUUCAGACCCUAAAGGAGGAGCUGGACUUCCAGAAGAACAUCUACUCUGAGACACAAGAGCUGCGCGAGUCCAAACGUCGCUACGAGUCGCGCAUGGUGGAGAUCGACAGUGGCAAACAGCAGGAGUACGAGAGCAAGCUGGCUGAUGCCCUGACCGAGCUGCGCGGACAGCACGAGGAGCAGGUCCGCAUCUACAAGGAGGAAAUCGAGAAGACCUUCAACUCCAAGCUGGAGAACGCUCGUCAGUCUGCGGACAGGAACAGCCACCUGGUGGGCGCCGCCCAUGAAGAACUGCAGCAGACGCGCGUGCGGGUGGAGGGAAUGUCCGCUCAGCUCAGCCAGCUGCAGAAGACGUUGGCAGCUCGCGAGGCCAAGAUUCGGGAGCUGGAGGAGGCUCUGUCCCGUGAGCGGGACAUGAUGCGUAGGCGCUUGGGCGAUAAGGACCGGGAGAUGGCGGAGAUGAGGCAGCGCAUGCAGGAGCAGCUGGACGAAUACCAGGAGCUACUGGACAUCAAACUGGCCCUGGACAUGGAGAUCGCAGCCUACAGGAAGCUGCUGGAGGGAGAGGAGGAGAGGCUUCGCCUGUCUCCCAGCCCGCCACCCACCCGUGUGACCGUCACCCGCUCGUCUGGCUCGGGCGCACACACCCGCACCAUCGUCCAGAGCAGCAGCAGCCGUAACUCCUCUGGCAGCGCCAAGAAGCGCCGUCUGAACGACACGGACAGCGAGGCGUCCAGCGUGAUGGGCGGAACCGUCACCCGCACGCGCAUCGCCCAGCAGGCCUCCGCCAGCGGCCGCGUCACCGUGGACGAGGUGGACCUGGACGGCAAGUUUGUCCGCCUGAGCAACAAGGCUGACCAGGACCAGCUGCUUGGCCACUGGCAAGUGAAGAGACAGGUCGGCUCCAACGCUCCCAUCGUCUACAAGUUUCCCCCUAAAUUCACUCUCAAAGCCGGACAAACCGUGACUAUCUGGGCAGCCAGCGGAGGCGGCUCCCACAACCCCCCCACUGACCUGGUGUGGAAGACCCAGAACUCCUGGGGCAGCGGAGACCUGUUCCAGACCACCCUCAUUAAUGCUAAUGGAGAGGAAAUGGCCAUGAGGAAGGUCACACGAACUCUAUUCCAGGAUGAGGAGGAGGACGAGACGGCGGCGCACAGCACCUGCGUGGACAGUGAGUACAACCUGCGCAGCCGCACAGUCGUGUGUGGCUCCUGCGGUCAGCCAUCGGACAGAACUAGUGGCAGCUGCAUGUCGGCCGGUUCCUCUCACUCCUACAGCAGUGGUGGUGGUCUGCCUGAGGGACUGAUCUCCCAGUCUUUUGUGCUAGGCAACAACCAGCCACGGCAUGGAGGCCCUCGGCCGGAGAACUGCUCCAUCAUGUAGACUAGACACAGACGAAGACCCUCAGACCCUCAAUGAGUCAUCCAUCCACAGCUGUUAGGAGACAGCCAUCCCCUUAUGAGGGUUAUUUUUCUAUUUUUUUUUUUCUUUGUUCAUUUUUAUAUACUUUUAAGAAUCAGUCUUAUUUUGUACAAUGUAACCGAUAGGGUGGGGUAGUGGGUUAGAUUUGCAUGUGGCAAAGGGCUUUGUAAUGGGAAUAACACUAAAAAGUUAAUUGAGUUCAUAUAUUUUGUGUGUAUUAUUCAAGUGUUGCAUGGUAGCUGGGCUUGCUUUUGUAAGGCUUCAUGUGGAAGAGGAUGUUGUUUGGGCACCACAAACAGUCACGGCAGGGGUUUCCCUCCUGGUGUUGAAUGAUAUGGCUGUCAGAGUUUUACACGCACAGCUUUGGAAACCGGUCUCUGCCUCAGUAGACCUGUCUGUUUUCUGACCGGUCUUUACUGACCUGGCAUGCAACGCGAACAGAAACGUAAGAUUUAGUAGUUUGGCCUCCAUGAUGAAAUUGGGCUGAUUUUGUUACAUUUAUUUACAAUAAGUCGACUCUGGAGCCAAAGAUGUGUCCGAUUCAUGUGAUGUAUGGUCCUGAUUCCUAUCAAAUUUUCCUUUUAUAGUUUGGAAUAUCACAAGGAUUUGUUGGUGAAUACCAAACUACUUUAACUCGGGAGAUGUUUACAUGUUCAAGAAACCAAGCUGAACCAAAUGUAUGCCUUUGACGUUUGAGGGCCCUAAGCCCCUUGGCCUUGGUGUUUAUGUUUUUCAUUUUUACUACACUGCCAAAGACAUGUGGUACUCUGUCAAAGUCAUGUAAUAUUGUUUGCUGAAAAAAGGAAUCUAAGAAAGACACAGAAGAGAAGUUUUGAAUUCAAGUUGUUUGUCAGUGUCAAGGUAUCAAUUUCUGUCAUUUCCAUACAUUUGGAAAGUGAAAACAUUGAAUAUUUUGUUUGAUCAAAAGAUUGAGUAAUGUUUACUAAAGUGUAUGUAUAAAGGGAAACUGUGGGACAUUAUAUGGCAGCAUAGACUGGAAAUGGUAUGUUUUUUUAUUUUUGAUCAAACAGACUUUAUAGAAAGCUGUUAUACAACUACAGGUAGUUGUUUUGAGAUUAUUUUUGGAUUGCAGAUAGGUGAAAAAAAAACAUAUCCACACCCAGAUAUGAUCUAUUUGGAGUAUAACGUUAUUUGAACAAUUUAAAGAAUAUAUAUUUUUGUUUCCUAUUGAGAUUUAUUUUUUUUAAAACAUUGAGAUUUAAUUAAAUAUAUUGAACAUAGCACAGGCUGAUCUGACUAGUGGGGCUAGUGACUAAAGACAUCGGUAUACCACAGACUCCUCUGGGUAAUAAUCUUUUUGCACAUCUUGAUGACCUGAGUAAAGCCAAAGAAGUCUCAAGUAUUUUUAUGUUUCAUUGUUUUGUUUUUUUGCAACCGAUGCAGUUAAUCCACUGUGUUUGGGCACAGACCCACAGUAUCUCGUGCCUUUCCCAUCUAAUGUCACCUGUGGCUGAUGGUGCUCCGUUCACUCCUCUCUCCUGCUCUUUAGUUUAAGGAACAUAUUUUUUUUUAUUGUUUUGCAUUUAGUUAAGCUUAGUGGAAACUUUGGUUUGGGUAGGGGAGGGAGGGGGUCACAUAUCUUUUUUGAUUGGGCAUGUAUUCUUUCUGUCAUAUUUUUGUUUUCAUAAUGACAGCUACGUUUGGUGUUUGUAUUGUAGACGCUUAGUUUUUCAUCUAGAAUAUGUAGGACUUUUUUUCUGUGUGUUUUUGAAUCCACAGUGCAAUGACUGUGUGAUUGUGUACAAUUUGAGUAUAUUUCAUAUUCAUGUUCAAAUUAAUGACUUGAGGCUUCCAGUGACAUCUUAUAAUUGAAUUCCUAUAAAUUAAAUCACAGUUUUUGAAAUUGUUUCAAUGAUAGACCAGCACAUCUUUAAUCAACAUGUUAGAAUAACGGUCAGACAUAUAUGUUAGAAAAAAACUGAUUACAUUCCCCUAUGUUGUAAGAUUAGAGCAUUUGUGUUGCUUUCAUUUCAUAUUUUUGAAACAAGCUAUGCCAAACUUUCUUUUUUUUUGUAAAUCACUGUUCUGUUCAAUCAUCUAUAGGAAAAUAAAUAAUGCAUAAUAAAUAAUUAAUUCAAUUUCA